AUGAAGAUAAGAUGGACUUUAGCAGGAUCUUGGAAGCCAUAUAUUAAGCAUCAAGCAACUAAGGAUGCAGGUGUAAUUUCUGGUCUGAAUGUGAUGCGUAUCAUCAAUGAACCAACAGCUGCUGCCAUUGCUUAUGGUCUUGAAAAGAAGGAAACCAGUGUUGAAAAAAAUCAGCAAAGAAGGAGAUGGCUACUGAAAAAGGAAAAUAUCAACCAUCAACCCAAGAGCUACCUUCAAUGUUUGGCUAAAACUUUUGGUCAUUUCUUUUACAACAUCGCUCCAAUCGCUGCUGGAACCACCACAAUCACUGACGGAAUAACACCCACUGUUGAAGCAGCCGUAGUGUUUCGUGGUCUCCAUUGGUCCUCAUUAAGGCAAGCACGAAUAACACAACUUUUGGCAAAGACCUUUGAGAUCGCCGGUGAUAUAUGGUCUCCAAUCUUGCUCUUGGAGACAAGUCCUUGGUGGUGA